AUGCUGCGGUUAGCAAGGCCUGUUGGCGCCUCUGUGCGCCGGCAAUUACUUGCCCAAGCUGCUUUGUCUCAGAGGAGGGCAUUUGCAGAGAGGAAAGACUCGAUCUUGAGCUCGGAUCCAGCCUUUUUGCCGGGCAGUCAAUCUGGUGCCGUUCCGGUCAAGACAGAAGUUCCCCUAGGGCCCGGAGGGCCUGGGAGUCCAGCUCCUCCAACACCCACCCCAACCUCUGCGACACCGUCUUCGCCUUCUUCAAACUCCACCAUUCCUCCUCAGAACGUCCCGCUUGCGCCCCCGAGCCCGCCAAAGACCCAGACAGCUCCUCCUACGACUCAAUCCUCCGUCAGUCCAGCAGAGCCCCCUCCUCCACCACCGCCUUCCCAGAAACCACCGACGCCUCGGAGAAGGUUCUCCCGAUUUCGCCUGCUACUCUACCUGCUUGCUUUGGGUGCCAUCUCGUACGGAGGAGCUGUCUUCUAUGCGUUGAGGAAUGACAAUUUCCACGAUUUUUUCACUGAAUACAUCCCCUUUGGAGAGGACGCAGUCCUAUACUUUGAGGAGAGGUCUUUCCAGAAGAGAUUUCCGCAUGCAAAGCACAAUGUCACAAGGACUCCUCGACCCGACGCAAGGAUGGAGGACGCCAAGGUCACCACGAUCCCUCAGAAAUCUGGACUCUCGUGGCGAGCCGUCGAUGAACCGGAACAAAAGGGAAGCGAUGUCACGCAAAAGGGCAAGCACAUGAGUGCUUUGGAUGCAAACCAAACGGUGACGUCGAAGGAUGCUACCGACGCCAAACAGGAUCCUCAUGGCGCAACACCAAAGGAGAGAAGUGUGUCGGUUGACUCCGCAAAGAAGAGCGCGGCAGCAAAACAGGAGGGGAAACCAACGGAGUCUGCGUCUCCACCGCCGGCUGCGCAAGAUACUUCUGCAAAGUCAUCCCCUGAGACAAGUCCGGCAGCAUCUUCCAGCUCAGCGACGACUGAUUCACGACCACCAGCUAUCCCACCAGUCACACAUAUCUCCCCGCUCACAGUGCCCAACGCCGAAGAACCCGUGGUACAAGAACUGGUCAAAAUCGUCAAUGACCUUAUUACUGUUGUCAACUCUGAUUCCGCUGAUGCCGCCAACAAGUACUCGGCCCCCAUGACCAAGGCUAAGGAAUCACUCGAGCAGGUCGCCAGCAAGAUUACCACGCUGCGUGAAGCAGAACGCAAGGCGGCUGAGGAGAGAAUUGCACAAGCACAUAGAGAGUUCGACGAGGGAGCCAAACAACUCCUGAAGAGGAUCGAGACGGCCCAGGCAGAGGAUGAUGCGCGCUAUCGCGAAGAAUUCGAGACCGAGCGAGCCCGCCUCGGUCAGCUAUAUGAGGAGAAGGUGAAGACCGAGGUUCAACGGAGCACCGAGCUCGCGGAGCAGAGACUCAAGAACGAACUCGCCGAGCAAGCAAUCCAGCUGAAGCGUGACUUUGUUGCACAAAUCAAAGACCUGGUGGAGUCCGAGCGAGAAGGAAGAUUAAGCAAGCUUUCUGAUCUCAGCACCAACGUCGACAAUUUGACGGAACUCACAUCGAACUGGAACGGCGUGAUCGAUUCCAACCUUGCGACCCAGAAGUUGCAGGUGGCUGUGGACGCCGUCCGGUCAGCGCUUGAUGCAAGCGCAGCCUCGGAUGCGAAACCUCGCGCGUUUGUCCGGGAAUUGGCCGCUCUCAAACUCUGCGCCGACGGUGAUCCUAUCGUCGAUGCGGCCAUUGCGUCCAUCAACCCUGCCUCAUACCAGAAGGGCAUACCCUCCCAGCCGCAAUUGAUCGACAGGUUCCGACGCGUCGCGCACGAAGUAAGGAAGGCAUCCCUCCUCCCGGAGAACGCGGGGAUCGCAUCGCACGCCGCAUCAUUAGUCCUCUCGAACGUGCUCUUCAAGAAGCACGGACAACCCACCGGCGACGAUGUGGAGAGCAUCCUCACCCGAACGGAGACGAUGUUGGAAGAAGGAGACCUCGACGGCGCGGCACGGGAGAUGAACUCUCUUCAGGGGUGGGCCAAGGUCUUGAGCAGGGAUUGGUUGGGAGAUGUGAGGAAGGUGCUGGAGGUGAGACAGGCGCUGGAUGUCAUCGAGACGGAAGCCCGUCUGCAGUGCUUGAGGGUUGGAUGA